AUGGCCCGUACCAAACAGAUCGCCCGCAUGUCCGUAGGUGGCAAGGCACCACGAAAAGACCUGAACGCCAAAGCAGCUCGCUUAGGGCUGCCGAGGACUGGCGGUGUCAAGAAGCCACGUAGAUACAAGCCUGGAACGGUCGCCCUGCGCGAGAUACGCCGGUACCAGAAGUCGACGGAAUUGCUCAUCCGCAAACUUCCCUUCCAGCGUGUCGUCCGGGAGAUUGCCCAGGAUUUCAAGCAUGACCUGCGCUUCCAGAGCUCGGCCAUCGGUGCGCUCCAGGAGUCCGUCGAAGCCUAUCUCGUCUCCCUCUUUGAAGACACCAAUCUCUGCGCCAUGCACGCGAAGCGUGUCACCAUCCAGAGCAAGGACAUACAACUGGCCAGACGUCUUCGUGGCGAGGGUAUUGCAUAA